AUGGCCAUCAAAUCUGCUGUAAACUCAAUCAUAUCAACAGUGGACCAAGAGAAACAAUCUUUAGACAAUUCAACUACAGAAGAUCUACAACGCUAUGUAGUCCCGACACUCCCCAAAGGUGUCAAGAAUGCCCUCACACAGCCUGCCGGAAGAUGGACAAAGUUUCGGAUUUGGUACAACACUUACCGACAACUUUUUACACUCACCUUCUCCGCCAAUAUGAUCGCACUGCUCCUCACUUCUCUAGGCCACUUUCAUUACGGCGAUAAGAACGCGUCUUCGAUCGCCCUAGGGAACAUUCUCGUGGCCGUUCUGGUUCGAAAUGAACUCUUUCUCAGGGGUUUAUUUUGGGUCUUGGUACAGUUAUUUCAAAAGUGGUCACCGUUUUGGUUUAGAAUAUUCCUCACGGCCUUUCUCCAGCACCUAGGUGGUGUCCACAGUGGUGCAGCUACCUCUGGCGUGGUCUGGCUUAUAUAUGCCGUUCUUCGGAUAUUUCAGGACCACAGAUCAAAUCAUCUCGUUCUGUUGGCGAUGGGUGCAAUCGUCGUCUUAUUCAUCUCUACCUCUGCCAUCUCCGCUCUUCCCGUCAUUCGUGAACGACAUCAUAAGCAUGUACUUCUUUUCGAUGGAGAGAGUGUGUUCGAACAUCACCACCGUUUCGCUGGAUGGCUCGGUCUUCUCUCCACAUGGACCUUUGUCAUGUUGACGAUCGGCCAAGUCAAGGUUGAAACAGAAGAUACUAUCAGGUGGCACUUUCAGGGCUCGGUACUUUUGCACUCGCAACAGUUCUGGUUCACUCUCUUUGUCACCAUUCUAAUCUUUGCUCCUUGGUUCACCGUGAGAAAAGUGCCCGUAGAAGUCACAACGCCGUCUCCUCGCGUCGCAAUUGUCAAGUUUGACCGAGGUAUCCAGCAAGGUCUCCUCGGCCGUGUCAGCCGUGAUGGACUCAGAGAAUACCACGCCUUUGGGAUCAUCUCCGAGGGCAUCGAGUCUGGGUGUCAUUAUAUGAUAGUCGGUGCUCAGGGAGAUUGGACUCGCAGGUUGGUCAACGACCCGCCAAAGUAUCUCUACACGCGGGAAAUGAAGGCAAGAGGCUUUGCCCGUGGAAUAAUAAGAGCUGAUAACAUUGUUCAGUUCGCCGGUCUUCCAUACCUUGCACAUCUUUACAAGAGAGGAAUCAUGAUAUGCACAGGGUCGGGCAUUGGCACAGUCUUGUCGACGUGCCUCCAGCUCGACAACUGGUUUCUCAUCUGGAUUGGCCGCAAGAUUCCACCUAGCCGACGCAUCUUGUUUGACACGAAAAAGGAAGGACGAAGGCCUGAUACUGUAAAGAUGCUCAAUGGGAUUUAUACCUCAUUCUCUGCCGAAGUGGUCAUUAUUACCUCCAAUCCACAAGGCAAUGCAGAAUUGAUGCAAGCUUGCAAAGAAAGCAAUAUGAAUUCGUUUGGUCCACUUUGGGAUUCCUAG